AUGGCGAAGAACGCUUUCACUAUGUUGAAGGCGAAAAUUAUUGCCACGCCGGUCCUGAAACACUUCGACCUGGAACGCACCCCCGUCAUCGUGCUUUACGCGAACAAUCGCACGCUGAAGGCAAACGAACUCAACUAUAGAGUGCUGGAUAAAAAGAUAUUGACGCUUCUGCAAAUCUUGAACAUCUGUUACUCACAGCUGGUAACCGGAUCGGUCAAAGUCUUGUCACGAUUCUCGACAUUGGCCUGGUUGCUCAAGUCGAAGGGGUUCGGUGGUCGACUAGGUAGGGUUAAUACGAAAUCCUUGGGACAAUCACAGUUAGCAUCACCCCAGAGCCGAUGUAGACGAAACCCUAGUCGCGAUAGCACCCAAGAAACAGAUACGAAAACUGAUCACCAUACCCCCACCGAUGACCGAACACUCUUGGUGGUGAGGCUUGACGGAUCUGCGCUGGUCAAGCGCAGCGGUGGUGUAUAUAGCGCAGUCGUGUGGAAACUGCUGGAGUGGACGGUGGUAGAAGCCAUGACAGAGUACAUGCCUGAAUAG